UGCUGACGUAGGCUAUAGGACGCAAUAUCGCUAGGUUUCCUUCUUGGCGCGGAACCAAGAUGAGCAUUUAGUCAUUUGACUAAUGCAUAUUUGAUUCUGGGUGGAGUGAGAGGAGGCGUCAUUCCUACAAUUCGAGCUUCAGGGGAAGACACUUGUAUUGUCUUCGGCUCUGUUCGUUCUUCUUUGGAUUCUGCGAGACUAUGAGCCACAAAUAACACUAAUACCUUUCUUCUGCGGUAUGCAGCACUUGAUUCAACCUGCCGCAACGAAGUUAUUUCGCGCAAAUGAAAGAAUGUUUCUGAGCCCUGUUGGCUUAUAACUGCGAGAGUUCCUCUGCUCACAUUAUACUGCUUUUUCAGUUUUCUGUGCAUGCUAAAGUUGCAUUUUCCUAUUUUAUCCAUUGCGCAGUUGCAUCCUAACUCUAACCAGUUUCUGUUUCAACUGACACUAUGACAUCAGUGUAGCUUGGAGCGGAGAGAUGUGCAUUCUCUUCAGUGGAAUAUCGAUGCACUUUUUUACCGUUUUUGGAAAAAUGUUCCUGAUUCGUGGACUAAACGUCGUCUAAAGGUAGUGUGGGUUGUUUAUCUUUUUUAUUUAGUAGGAGCACGCUGUAAGAAAUGGUUAUCUGAGCAACAAGCGACGCAGCGCAGUGUGACGCUGGGUGUUCGUGCGCGCGAUUCCGAAUGAGUAACACAUCCUUCAAUUUGCGCGGCGUUUGGGGAGUACGCUCCGAUAUAUUGAAACAAUCCCUUUCCCCAGAAUGGCAAAAUGGUCUUUACUCCGAUGAAUAGUAACUUUGUUUACACGAAAGUCAUCUGAGAAGUGCCUUAGACCGUUUUCCAAUUCGAAGUCAACGACGGUGGAGGGGAGAUCAUGGCUAGGCACAGUCUCGUCAAAGAACUAAAACCCUACUUUCCGUGGAAAGUGUUUUGGAUAAUGAAAGCGCUCGUGGAUCUGACGCUAUCGCAAGAGAUUUACGCGCCCCAUUCGAUAAGAAUUGAAGGGGACUUGACCCUGGGUGGCCUUUUUCCCGUUCAUGCUCGUGGCGUCUCUGGGGAACCGUGUGGAGAUAUCAAACGGGAGAACGGAAUCCACAGGCUGGAGGCAAUGUUAUACGCUUUGGACCAGAUCAACAGUGACGACGAGCUUUUGCCCAAUAUCACCUUAGGCGCGCGGGUAUUAGACACAUGCUCACGGGACACAUAUGCGUUGGAGCAGUCUCUCACUUUCGUGCAGGCACUCAUACAGAAAGACACGUCGGAUGUACGGUGCACCAACGGAGAGCCGCCGGUGUUUGUGAAGCCAGAAAAAGUUGUGGGAGUCAUAGGGGCCUCGGCAAGUUCAGUGUCCAUUAUGGUGGCGAACAUACUGCGCCUAUUUCAGAUCCCACAGAUCAGUUACGCCUCCACGGCUCCGGAGCUGAGUGAUGACCGCCGCUAUGACUUCUUCUCACGCGUGGUGCCUCCCGACUCCUUCCAGGCGCAGGCCAUGGUGGACAUUGUGAAGGCCAUGGGCUGGAACUACGUCUCCACUGUGGCCUCGGAGGGAAGCUAUGGCGAGAAAGGCGUGGAAGCCUUCAUGCAUAUCUCCCGUGAAGCCGGUGGAAUAUGCAUUGCCCAGUCCCUGAAAAUCCCGCAUGACCGCAAGCAAGCCGACUUUGACAAGAUUAUUCGGCUGCUCCUUGAUACGCGUCAGGCCCGUGCAGUGAUUAUGUUUGCUUACGAUGAAGACAUUCGGGAGAUUCUCAAUGCCAGUAAGAGAGCGGAUCAAGUGGGGCACUUCCUGUGGAUUGGCUCAGACAGCUGGGGGGCAAAAAACAGCCCCAUUCAUGGCCUCGAAGAUGCCGCCAUAGGAGCCAUCACCAUCCUACCAAAAAGGGCCACUAUUGCUGGGUUUGAUGCUUAUUUCACCUCCCGCACUCUGGAGAACAACAGAAGGAACGUGUGGUUCGCUGAGUACUGGGAGGAAAACUUCAACUGUAAGCUUAUGAGCUCCUCUAAGAAAGAAGAUACCAGCAGAAAGUGUACAGGCCAGGAGCGCAUAGGGACGGAUUCCAAGUACGAGCAGGAGGGGAAGGUGCAGUUCGUGAUCGACGCUGUGUACGCCAUGGCCCACGCUCUGCACAGCAUGCAGAAGGAUCUGUGCCCCGAGCAGUCCGGUGUCUGCCCUGAGAUGGAGGUGGCCGGCGGCAAAAAGCUCCUCAAGUACAUCCGCAACGUCAAUUUCAACGGGAGUGCUGGAACAUCUGUCACGUUCAAUCACAAUGGAGAUGCUCCAGGCCGCUAUGACCUGUUCCAGUACCAGAUGAACAAUAACAGCUCCCCGGGGUACAGAGUAAUCGGCCAGUGGACAGAAACACUCCAGCUCAAUGUGGAAGACAUGCAGUGGCCGACUGGUGAGCUCGAUGUCCCCGGCUCCGUCUGCAGCCUGCCCUGCAGGACGGGCCAGAGGAAGAAGACGGUAAAGGGCAUGCCCUGCUGCUGGCACUGCGAGCCAUGCGAUGGCUACCAGUACCAGUACGACGAGACCACAUGCAAGCUGUGCGCCUACAACAUGCGGCCCAACGGCAACCGCACCGGGUGCCAGCCCAUCCCCAUCGUGAAGCUGGAGUGGCACUCACCCUGGGCUGUCAUCCCCGUCUUCCUGGCCAUGCUGGGAAUCAUUGCCACCAUCUUUGUCAUGGCAACAUUCGUGCGCUACAAUGAUACGCCCAUCGUGCGUGCGUCGGGCCGGGAGCUGAGUUACGUCCUCCUCACGGGGAUCUUCCUGUGUUACAUCAUCACCUUUGUGAUGAUUGCCAAGCCCGACGUGGCUGUGUGCUCCUUCCGACGCAUUUUCCUUGGCCUGGGCAUGUGCAUCAGCUAUGCGGCGUUACUGACUAAGACAAACCGCAUCUACCGCAUCUUCGAGGAGGGGAAGAAGUCAGUGACCCCACCCAGGCUGAUCAGCCCCACUUCUCAGUUAGCCAUAACAUCUAGCCUCAUUUCUGUGCAGCUGCUUGGCGUCUUCAUAUGGUUCGGCGUGGAUCCGCCCAACACCAUCAUCGACUAUGAUGAACAGAAGACCAUCAACCCUGACAAGGCCCGAGGGGUGCUCAAAUGCGACAUCACAGACCUGCAAAUCAUUUGCUCGCUUGGAUACAGUAUUCUGUUGAUGGUCACAUGCACGGUUUACGCCAUCAAGACGCGAGGAGUUCCCGAGAACUUCAAUGAGGCCAAGCCCAUCGGCUUCACCAUGUACACCACGUGCAUCGUGUGGCUGGCUUUCAUUCCCAUAUUCUUUGGCACAGCUCAGUCUGCAGAGAAGCUGUACAUCCAGACCACCACGCUGACGAUCUCCAUGAACCUGAGCGCGUCGGUGGCGCUGGGGAUGCUCUACAUGCCCAAGGUGUACGUCAUCAUCUUCCACCCAGAGCUGAACGUGCAGAAGCGCAAGCGCAGCUUCAAGGCCGUGGUGACUGCCGCCACCAUGUCAUCGCGCCUCUCACACAAGCCCAGCGACCGGCCCAAUGGCGAGGCCAAGACAGAGCUGUGUGAAAACGUGGACCCCAACAAAAUUCCAGAUAUUCAUUAAAAAGGCCAAACAUCAGAAGUCAUCUUUCACCCUUGUCCCUCCCCAGGUCCAGCUGCGAAGAAGAAGUACGUGAGCUACAAUGACCUUGUGAUCUAAACACCUCCGGCAGAGGAGGGGAGCAAUCAGGGAGCGCACUUGGUCCUUUGCCCUUCAUUUUGAGAAAAGAGAAGUGUGGGGGGGGGGGGUGUGUGAAGGUUUUUUGAGUUCCUCUGGUGUACCGCCCACUCACAUCUGAAUUUCAGAACAGUGGUGGUGUCUAUGACUCUACCCUACCUACACCUGAGGAUAUCUGAGGACAUUAGUCCAUAUUUUAAUAUGUCCUUGGCUAUAAACUGGGGGGAAAACGGUA